CGGCCUGGGCUCCUCCUCCGUCCAGCCUCCGGGGCGGGGUCUGUUGGCUCGCCCUACCCUCGCUGCCUAAGCCUGCCCUCCACCAGACGGGUCCCCUCCCCGAGGCACCACGGCUUCCCUUCAACAGCACGGCGACGGGGGCUUCCCCUCAGCAGCCUCCGCAGCCUCAGUUUCUGCCGCCGGCCAAGCUCCACUGCGUCCGCGGCCCGCCGCUGCCAUGCAGUUUAUGUUGCUUUUUAGUCGUCAGGGAAAGCUGCGACUGCAGAAAUGGUAUGUCCCACUAUCAGACAAAGAGAAGAAGAAGAUCACAAGAGAACUUGUUCAAACCGUUUUAGCAAGGAAACCUAAAAUGUGCAGCUUCCUUGAGUGGAGAGAUCUGAAGAUUGUUUAUAAAAGAUAUGCCAGUCUCUAUUUUUGCUGUGCUAUUGAGGAUCAGGACAAUGAACUGAUUACCCUGGAAAUAAUCCAUCGUUAUGUGGAAUUACUUGACAAGUAUUUUGGCAGUGUGUGUGAACUUGAUAUCAUCUUUAAUUUUGAGAAGGCCUAUUUUAUUUUGGAUGAAUUUCUUUUGGGAGGAGAAGUUCAGGAAACAUCCAAGAAAAAUGUCCUUAAAGCGAUUGAGCAGGCCGAUCUCCUGCAGGAGCCACGCCAUGAAUAUUUUAAUGUCCCUGUGUACUAAAUGACUGCUCGUCGGCUAUGCAGAAUUUCAGAGGAAAUAGAGAACUGAUAUACUUAUGAAAGAAACUGUCCUCAGCUUGGUGACUAAUUCUCCUGUAAAAUGAUAAUGUAGCAGCUUAGAGCUAGUACCUUUGAAUGUAUUUUUCUGUGCACAUUACUAAUCCUAUUUUCAUUCUGUAUGUGAUAUUGACAUAUAGUUUAUUUCUGUCUACUACUGAUUUCUUGACAAAAUAUGACUUGUGAAUGUUUUGAUUAACAUUCUGAACUCAUACAAGUUAUUGUUAGUAAAUCAUCUGUGAUUAACCUUGUGAGAGUAUAAGAGAAAGUCCAGGGUAAUCAUAAAUGUUUACCAAAGAAAAUACAGUUAGAAACUCAGGCAAAAUUAGUAGCACCACAAUAAAUAGUAUAGUUUGUUCUUCCAUUGUUGAAGAAAACCAAGCUUUAUUUAGCUCUAAGAUUAUCUUACAGUCUGUAUGAGCUAAUAUGUUCUACUGUAUCACAUUAAAGUAUAUGUUGAAGCAAUAUAAGAAAAAAAUCAAUUAUACAAUUCUAUAAGAUCUAAGGUUAAAACAUUCAAUUUUCAAGAAAUUCUGUAGUGCCAAUAUUUAUUGAGCCACAUUUGUGCAGUGUCAAAUAGUCCCUUUAAGAACUAGCAGGAGGGCUGGAGAGAUGGCUCAGAGGUUAAGAAUACUGGUUGUUCUUCCAGAGGUCCUGAGUUCAAUUCCCAGCAACCACAUGGCAGUUCACAACCAUCUACAAUGAGAUCUGGUGCCCUCUUCUGGCCUGCUGGCUCACAUGCAGGAAGAUUGCUGUAUAAAUAAUAAAUAAAUUUUAAAAAAAACAAAAAAGAAACUAUCAUUAAGCCAUACAAGUUUCCUGAAAUGUCUGUUGUUCACUAACACUUUUGAAACUUUCAAUAUCCAAACUUUUAUGUUUUCAUUAGUUAAUAGCUUCUUAAUUAAUAUAUUAAGCCAUCUUCUAAACACUCAGUGCUAUUACCUAUGGUUGUAUAUUUUGGAAUACUAAAAACAUUUAUUAUUAAUUUUAUACGUGCUACAAAAUAUACCAGAUAACUCAUUGUCUACAGAGUUUAAAGUCUAAGUAAAUUGUUACUUACAAUAACUUAAAAGGCAUGGUGGUGCGUGCCUGUCCUCUAGCACUUGUAAGGCUAAGGCAGGAGAAAGAUGAGUUACUACCGUACUACUUAGGGAGUCCCUGUCUCAAAAGACAAAAAUUGGACAUGUCAAAAAGACUCCAAACCAGUUUCCCACUGAAAGAGCUGUGAAAAUGUUUUAGUAAAUGUAGUAUUAGGCAGCUAUACAAAUCAGCUAUCUCCAUUACCAUCGGAAGCAUCCUAAAACAUUGGUCUUUCAUUUCCAUUUUUUUUCCCGUCCUCCCACCCUACAUGUUGUUCAUUCCAUUUUAAUGUUGCAUAAAUAUGCAUUGUCUCAUGCCUGUUUGUUUUGGAUGUUGUAUGCUGAGCUGUAACAAAAUGUUGCACUUUGGGGGAGGGUAUCUGUACAGCUGCUUGCUUUAAAUUAGCAGAUUC